GGUAGAGAAUUGUGAGAUUGCCACUGGAAGAGGUUUGAACCAAGAAAGUAGUCUUGCUAGGCCUGGAGAUACUAGAUGGGGCUCACAUCUUAAAACAUUGCUCCGUAUUUUGGUAAUGUGGGAGGCUAUCUUGGAGGUGCUUGAGAUUGUGAAGAAAGAUUCCAUUAAACCAACAUGUAAUGGUGGUGCCUUUGGUUUAAUUGGUAAAAUGGAAACCUUUGAUUUUGUGUUCAUCCUGCAUUUGAUGAUAGAGUUAUUGAGCAUUACAGAUAAUCUGUCACGUGCUUUGCAAAGAAAGGAUCAAGAUAUUGUUGAAGCAAUGCAUUUGAUCAUGGAUGUGAAAGAACGCUUGCAGGAUACAAGAGACAAUGGACGGGAGCCUUUAUUCAAAAGAGUGAAGUCCUUCUGUGAUAAAAAUCAGAUUAAAGUGCCAAAUAUGGAUAAGGAAGUCAAUGCUAGAGGGACAUCUGCACGUAGAAGGCAAAAGGUUGCUGCUAAUGAAGAAGCAUAAUGGAGUAGUGUUGUAAUGGAGAUCACAUCAUCUUUUGGUUUCAUAGUUUGGUAUGGAUAAAAAACCAGAUUUGUCUUUCUGCUCAAGAUUAACUGGUUAGUGCUCAUGAUUUUAGACUAAUAUAUUGUUGAUAGGGUAUGUUAAGGUUCUAAAAAAAUUCCUUUAAACUUCA